GCGGCGGCGGUCACGGGGCGCGCGGGGCGAUGGCGGCGGCCGGAGGGUGCCGGAAAUGUCUCCUCAGCGGGCUGUGGCUGCUCUCCAGGCGUUAUCCCAUCCCCGCCUUCCCCAGGAGCGCCCUGCCCGGGAUCAGCAGCCCUGCCCUGGGCACCCCUCAGUCCAGAUGCUACUCCUCGGGAGGAAGGAAGGGAUUCAUCUCAGGUUUCGUGGAGAACAUCAAGCAGGAGUUAGCCAAAAACAAAGAGAUGAAGGAAAGCAUCAAAAAAUUCCGAGACGAAGCCAAAAAGCUGGAGGAGUCAGAUGCUCUGCGGGAAGCCAGGAGGAAAUACAAAACCAUUGAGUCUGAAACAGUGAAGACCUCAGAAGUGAUUAAAAAGAAGCUCGAAGAAAUAACAGGGACGGUUAAAGAGAGUUUGGAUGAGGUCAGCAAGAGUGACCUGGGCAGGAAGAUCAAGGAAGGGGUGGAGGAAGCUGCCAAAACGGCCAAACAGUCUGCAGAGUCUGUGACCAGGGGAGGGGAGAAGCUGGGCAGGACUGCAGCCUUCAAAGCCAUCUCCCAGGGAGUGGAAAGUGUGAAGAAGGAGAUAGAUGAGAGUGUUUUGGGACAGACGGGUCCCUACAGGCGCCCGGAGCGGCUCCGGAAGCGGACGGAAUAUUCCGGAGAGAGGAUCAAAGAGCAGCGAGUGUUUGAGGCCAACGAGGAAGCCAUGGGCAUGGUGCUGCAUAAAGACUCCAAGUGGUACCAGCAGUGGAAAGAUUUCAAGGACAACAACGUGGUUUUCAACAGGUUCUUUGAGAUGAAGAUGAAAUACGACGAGAGCGACAACGCCUUCAUCCGCGCCUCGCGCGCUGUCACCGACCGCGUCACCGACCUCAUAGGGGGGCUGUUCUCCAAGACGGAGAUGUCGGAGGUGCUGACGGAGAUCCUCAGGGUGGACCCGUCCUUCGACAAGGAUCGCUUCCUGAAGCAGUGCGAGCGCGACAUCAUCCCCAACGUCCUCGAGGCUCUGAUCUCCGGGGAGCUCGACAUCCUCAAGGACUGGUGCUAUGAGGCCACCUACAGCCAGCUGGCCCAUCCCAUCCAGCAGGCCAAGGCUUUGGGGCUCCAGUUCCACUCCAGGAUCCUGGACAUCGACAACAUCGACCUGGCCAUGGGGAAGAUGAUGGAGCAGGGGCCGGUGCUGAUCAUCACCUUCCAGGCCCAGGUGGUGAUGCUGAUCAAGAACCACCAGGGGGACGUGGUGGAGGGGGACCCGGACAAGGUGCUGCGGAUGCUCUACGUGUGGGCCCUGUGCCGGGACCAGGACGAGCUGAACCCCUACAUGGCCUGGAGGCUGCUGGACAUCUCCUCCUCCAGCACGGAGCAGGUGCUCUGAGCGGGGCUGCCCUGGGCCCUUCCCACCCCUCUGGAAGCAGCUCCAGCCUGGAACCCUCACGGGGAGCAGCCCAGGCUGGGGGUUUUGGGAGAGCUCCUGCUUCUCCCAGUCCCUGAGGAAUGGGAAUCCCUGCUGGGGGACGUGUGGCACGAGCAGCUGCUGCUUCAUCCUCGUGCCUCAGGAGGCUCCUGGGAACCCCCCAGAGCUGCCGUUCCCACCUUGGAGAUCCCUGGAGAGGCCUUGGAGGGGCUCCUGGCUGCCAGGCUCCUGCCCAGCCUCCAGCCUCGUGUCCCCUGCCGUGUCUUGCACUUUCCCAAACCAAAAUACAACCAGGACUUUGCACAUGGA